AUUUGUGAAUUCCUCAAACACUUCCUUUCCUGACGCAAGUGCCCCUUUGCACGCUGUCAGUUUUACCCCUAAAAUCGCAAAACUGGAUUAUACAUCAUUCCCAAGUGAUCAGACACACCACAGGACGAUUUUCAUAAGGACCUAGAUUAAAGCAGCCUUCAGCAAUGUCACGUUUCUUUGCCACUGGGUCCGACAGCGAGUCGGAGGAGUCCUCGUCGGCCGACGAGAUCACCCCUAAAGCACCCGGAACUACUUUCACCAAGCAGUCGUUGCUGCUUAGUGAUGAUGAGGAGGACACCAAGAGAGUGGUACGCAGUGCCAAGGACAAGAGGUUCGAGGAGCUGACUAACCUGAUCAAGACCAUCCGCAACGCCAUGAAGAUCCGGGACAUGUCCAAGUGUCUGGAGGAGUUUGAGCAGCUAUGUCGAGCAUUCCUCAAAAGCAAGACUAUAGUGGACAAGGAAGGGGUGCCCCCCUUCUAUAUCCGUAUCCUGGCCGACCUAGAAGACUAUUUAAAUCAGCUUUGGGAGGACAAAGAAGGCAAGAAGAAGAUGAACAAGAACAACGCCAAAGCUCUCAGCACCCUACGCCAGAAGAUCCGCAAGUACAACCGGGACUACGAGACAGAGAUUGCCAGCUACAAGGAGAACCCAAUGGCAUCAGCGGAUGAGGAAGAGGAGAAGGAUGAAGUUGAAUCGGGGUCGUCAUCAGAUAGUGAUGAUGAGCCAGCAGAUGCAAAGAGCUUCUUGAAGAAGAAAUCAGCCACAGAGGCGCCUCCGCCGAAUGCCAGCAAGUUCCUCAAGGGAGCGGCGGAUGAGGAGUCUUCCAGCAGCGACGGGGACAACGAGGACUGGGAUUCAGACACCUCGGAAAGCGACAGCGGGAGCGAAGACGAAACUGGGAGGAGCACCUCCAUGGCUGUGAAUUUCCUCAAGAAGACCAGCAGCGAGGGUGACCGACACACCAGUGAAAAGAAAAAGGAGGAGAGGAAGAAGAGACACAAGCGGAAGGAGCGCAUUGAGGAGGAAGCGGAGGAAGAGGCCCAGGAAGAGGGCGAAGGAGAAUGGGAGAAGGUGAAGGGAGGUGUGCCCCUCGUUAAGGAGAAGCUAAAGAUGUUUGCCAAGGGAACAGAGAUCAACACAACAGUGGUGGUGAAGAAACUCAACGAGAUUCUACAGGCCCGUGGAAAGAAAGGAACUGACCGAGCUGCCCAGAUUGAGCUUCUUCACGCCCUGGCCAACAUCUCCAAUGAGAAUAACCUGGGUGAGGGCAUUCUAGUCAAGAUCAAGUUCAACAUCAUUGCCUCCCUGUAUGACUACAACCCUAACCUGGCCGCCUUCAUGAAGGCUGACAUGUGGAAGAAGUGUUUGGACUGCAUUGACGAGCUGCUGGAUAUCCUCUUUAACAACGACAAAAUCUUCAUUGGGGAAAACAUUGCUGAGGACAGUGAAAACCUGGCCUCUGACUCACAGGAGUAUCGUGUUCGCGGCUGCAUCCUGACAUUGGUGGAGCGGAUGGAUGAGGAGUUCACCAAGAUCAUGCAGAACACAGACCCGCACUCGCAAGAGUACGUGGACAACCUGAAGGACGAGGGGCGCGUGUGUGGCAUCAUCGACCGACUGAUGGCUUACCUGGAGAUGGAAACAAAGGGCAGCACAGAGGAGGUGUGCCGGGUCUACCUGCGUCGCAUCAUGCACACCUACUACAAAUUUGACUACAAGGCUCACCGCCGCGCCCUGGGACUCCAGGGAGAGACCAAGUCCGAGCAGGAUGCGGAGGAGAGCGAGGGUGAGGACAGUGCCUUCAUCAUGGACCGCCUUUGCAAGUACAUCUAUGCCAAGGACCGCACAGACCGCAUCCGCACGUGCGCCAUCCUGUGCCACAUCUACCACCACGCGCUGCACUCCCGCUGGUACCAGGCCCGCGACCUAAUGCUCAUGAGCCACCUGCAGGACAACAUUCAGCAUGCCGACCCGCCCGUACAGAUCCUGUACAACCGGACUAUGGUGCAGCUGGGGAUUUGUGCCUUCCGCCAGGGCAUGAUCAAGGACGCCCACAACGCGCUGCUGGACAUCCAGUCGAGUGGCCGCGCCAAGGAACUGCUGGGCCAGGGCCUGCUCAUGAGGAAUAUGCAGGAGAGGAAUGCCGAGCAGGAGAAGAUUGAGAAACGGCGACAAGUGCCCUUCCACAUGCACAUCAACCUGGAGCUGCUGGAGUGCGUUUACUUGGUGUCCGCCAUGCUACUGGAGAUCCCCUACAUGGCAGCCCACGAGUUUGAUGCCCGCCGCAGGAUGAUCAGCAAGCAGUUUCACCACCAGCUGCGAGUGGGCGAGAGGCAGCCUCUUCUCGGACCCCCAGAAAGCAUGAGAGAGCACGUGGUGGCAGCCAGUAAGGCCAUGAAGAUGGGUGACUGGCGCACUUGUCACUCAUUCAUCAUAAAUGAGAAAAUGAACAGCAAGGUGUGGGACCUGUUCCCCGAAACCCAGUGUGUGCGAGAGAUGCUUGUCAGGAAGAUCCAGGAGGAAUCUUUGAGGACGUACCUGUUUACGUACAGCAGUGUUUAUGACUCAAUCAGUAUGGAGACGCUGAAGGAAAUGUUUGAGCUGGAGCUGCCCACAGUACACAGCAUCAUCAGCAAGAUGAUCAUCAACGAAGAGCUCAUGGCAUCUCUGGACCAGCCUACCCAGACAGUGGUAAUGCACCGCACAGAGCCCACCUCCUUACAGAACAUGGCCCUGCAGCUGGCCGAGAAGCUGGGCGGCCUGGUGGAGAACAACGAGCGCGUCUUCGACCUCAAGCAGGGCGUCUAUGGCGGCUACUUCAACCGAGAUCAGAAAGGUGGCUACCAACAGAAACAGGGUGGCUACAACCGAGACCAGAGAGGCAGUUACCAACAGAAGCAAGGCGGUUACAACCGAGACGGUCAGAGAGGCGGCUACCAACAGAAGCAAGGAGGUUACAACCGAGACGGAGGCGGUUACCAGAGGCAAGGCGGUUACAACCGAGACGGCGGCGGCUACCAACAAAGGCAAGGAGGUUACAAUCGAGACGGAAACCGUGGUGGGGGUGGUGGUUACCAAGGACAAAACCGGGGCGGCUACCAGGGUGGCGGAGGUUACCAAGGAGGCGGGGGCUACCAGGGUGGCGGAGGUUACCAAGGAGGCGGGGGCUACCAGGGUGGCGGUGGUGGUGGCUACAGAGGAGGCUACAAGGGAGGCUACCAGAACCAGGACAGGAGAGACUAUUGAGUCACAGGAGCCAGAGCAGCCCAGCCCAACAGAGACCGAUAGUCUUCAUUCCAAAACAGCCUCUUCACUUGACAUUAAACCUGCCCUAUGCCAUUUACCAUUUGUACAACAUUUAUCAGCUUUCUGUU